AUGACGUCACCGGAAGUGACGGAGGGCCAGAGGAAGCGGCUUGCGGAAGUGAAGGCUGCGUGCUCCCCUGAUGCUUUAUACAUAAAGUUUGAUUGGUUAUUUCUCUUUCUUCGGUCUCUCUCAGUGUCCCCUGUGUUUGUGGUGCUGGUCUGUCUGGCGUUCUGCAGCAGGCUGGGCAGAAUGAAAGCAGCAUCCAUCUGCUCCAGUGACCAGGCUGGAUGCCACUUCCUGUCCCUGGCCAACCUCUUUGAUCGGGUCAUUCAGCACUCAGCGAGGAUGCACGGCAUAUCCAAUGACCUUCACUCUGAGUUCGAGCUGUACUUCCUUCCCAGUAAGAACCAGAUUGGUCGGCUCAGUCGCAACUGCCAUACGUCUACCAUCCUGACUCCAAAUGGCAAAGAGUAUGCUCAGAGAAUAGCGAGAGAGGAGCUGACGGAGGUGAUUCUGAAGCUCCUGGUUGCGUGGCGAGAUCCUCUGUGGCAUUUUCACCAGAACAUGGCUCAACAACUUACAUUCAGUCACUUCAGCUCAAACAAGACUCUGGAAAUGAGCGACAUGGUGCACGAGCUGCAGAAAGGCGUGCAGAAAGUGGCUGAGAAGAUGCAGACGCUGGGAAUAAUAAGCAAUUCCCUUGGCAACCUGGGUUCCCCUAAGGCUCUGUUGGCAUCUGACGGCGCUGAAUGGCGACUCAUGAAUGACUACGACCUCCUCUACUGCUUUCGCCGCGACUCGAACAAGAUCCAGAACUACCUGAAGAUCCUGAAAUGUCGGACAGUUCCAGAACAUGGAUGCUAAAGGGAAAACAACAGUAGAAGUUGUGUUGGACUCUCAGUUACAUCAGCUAUGAAAUGCUCUAUUUAGAAACAACACAUAUACUGAUUCACUUUCCAUGUGCAGAAUGAAUUUGCUACACUUAUAAUCUGUUCAGUUCUGUCAUGAAUGAAGACCU